GUGGGGAGCCGAUAGCAGCACCGCCGAUGCAGAAUAAAUAAUAAACCAGCAACCAGCUCAGCAUCUCCCGCUCCACCCGCCGUACUCUGCGCAACGUCUCCCCCCGCGCCAGCGCCCGCCACGUGUUCCAUGAACCAGCCGUCCACGCUCGCACAGGCCCACCCGGACCAUCCCACCCUCGCCGAACUCGUCGCAGACCGCCCCGACCCCGCCACCGCCACCCCGCUCGGCCACGAUAUCGCGUCCCCCCAGCACACCACCACGCCCACUUCCAUGUCCGACGCGGACUCCAGUCCCGCAUCCCCAGAAGCCCCCCGCCGCCCCGGCGGCCUCUCCGAGGGCCCCAACGCCAGGAGCAAGAGCGUCACCGUCGCCUCGGGCGAAGACACCUUUGGCGCGCUGAACUGCCACCCUGGCCCGGGCUCAGCGGCCAUCAGCAACAGCAACCUUCCCGCGGACUCGUUCCGUGUCGGUGUCAGCGAAGAUAGGAAUAGGCGAUGUAGGAGGACGAUGGAGGAUGCGCAUAGCUUUGUCUAUGACUUUGCCGGUGUCAAGGGCCAAGGGUACUUUGCCGUUUUCGACGGACACGCCGGUAAGCAUGCUGCCGAAUGGUGCGGCCAAAAUUUCCACGAGUACCUCCUCGACGGCCUUCUCAUCGAACCCGACACUCCCGUCCCCGACCUCAUGAACAAGACAUUCCAUCUUGUCGACAAGCGUCUCUCACAUCUCGCCCAUGCUGCCGGUACUUCUUCCGGCUGUACCGCCGUCACCGCCUUCCUCCGUGUCGAAGAAAUGGACGAUAACGAUAGCUUCCGCAAGGGAUUCACCAAUCCGGGCUUACAGCCUCGCGGCUUGUGGGAAGGUAAGGGAGAAGACGAACUCGAAUCCCAAACUUCCCUCCAGCCUUCCUCCCGUCGAUCUUCAAUGGGUGGUGGGACCGGCGGCCAAAUGGGAGGGGCAUCCGCACCGGGCGUCAAUGGACGAACCGGAAGUUUGGCGAGACGAUUGUCCAGCAAGAAAAUACGAGACUUUGUCAAGGGCUUGACGGGUGGUAUGGAAAAGAAUUUCGACGAGGCUAUUACGGAGGAUGAAGGUGUGAUCAGUGCGGCAGAUGGGACAAGAGUAGAAGCUAUUGAGCCAAAAAGCGAAAAGGGUGUCAGGAGGGUGCUGUACACUGCCAAUGUCGGAGACGCUAGAGCUGUUCUUUGUCGCGGAGGAAAGGCUGUCAGGCUGACAUAUGACCACAAGGGCAGUGAUGCCCAAGAAGCCAAGCGAAUUACUGAUGCUGGCGGUUUCGUCAUGAACAACCGAGUCAACGGCGUUCUCGCCGUUACACGGUCUUUGGGUGAUGCCUCCAUGAAAGAAUUUGUCGUCGGCGCGCCAUACACUACCGAAACAACUCUAGAUGAGCAAGACGAGUUCCUUAUCGUCGCCUGCGAUGGCCUCUGGGAUGUAUGCUCAGACCAAGAAGCCGUCGAGAUUGUUCAUCUUGUCACCGAUCCCCAGGAAGCGUCAAAGCGACUCUUAGAUCAUGCCAUGUCCAACUUUUCAACAGAUAACUUGAGCGUCAUGGUUGUUCGCUUCAACCACUAGAGAACUAAAAAUGUUCUUUGGGGGUUCAUGAUAGGAGUUUCUGCCAAAGGCGUGCAAUGGGAGGUGGAAAAUGUUUGCGUUUGUUCUCGACUGCUCUUCUUUCCCUUUCGUACGUACAUCUAUGUCAGCAUCUUUCGGGGCUAGUUUCCCUCGACACGGUUGAUUCAAGGGCCGCUCUAUGCAAAAAAUUCAAGUCUCUUCUCGUCACUACUAACUCCCCAGGG